GAGCAUGGGGCGCUCACCCAGUCCUUUCAGGCCUUGGAUGAUGAACUCCACGCCAAGAGACACAGUCGCAGAGGUGCUCCAGCGCGACAGACGCGCGCGAGGACACCACCUCCUACAGCCCGGAUGCUUGCCAUGGGCCGUGUGCAGAAGCCCACGCCAGGCUCACGACGUGAGGAGCCGAAAGGCGGAGGUAAGGGGAUGCCUUCCAGGCAGUCCGUUAUGCCAGCUGCUUCUCCAAGGAAAGGGGCGAACCCUAAGGGUAGUGGCAAAGGUUCUCUCGGAAAGGGACGGCCAAGGUCCGAGUCCGAGGAGUCGAUUGAGUCCUCGGAGGACGAUAAUGACGACGAGGAGCUGGUGCCAGACGCAUCUGAGCCAGCGAAGCCUGUUUUGAGCCACGAUGAGACACCUGCACUGGACGAAGACUCUGAAGACGAUGAGGCUGCUGUCCCAGAUUUUAUGUUUGAUGACAGGUAG